UCUAGGCUGCAAGAGUGGGAUGAGCAGCUGGAUGUGGUAACCAAAGGAGAUGGGCCCUGUCCAAAUCAGAGCAAGAGAUAUCCCAGCAGACCACUUCCCAUCCUGCUUACAUGAGCUCCUUCUCCUCUCCUCUGUGCAGAGAGAUGCCAGCAGCCCCAGUGGGGCUCACAGCUCCAGUUUAGCCCAAACCAGAGAUUUUACUGGGUCAGUGAAGAGGUGACACUGAGCUGCUUUGUGAACAACGCUCCUCCCCUCGCUACGAUCAGAUGUGCAAACUGGAAGAAUUGGGAGGUGUUGGACAUUUGGGGAACAUGGCAUAGGUUGGCACAGAAUCUGAGCUGCACCAAGGCAAAAUGCCGAAAACCUCAGUGGGACGCAGGACUUCAGUUUUUGGAGAACAAGAAGGAAUACGCACAGAAUAGAGAACUGACACUGACCUGUCCUGAAGGCCUUGAGCCCUCCUUCCCCAAGGUCAAAUGUACAAAGGAAAUUCAGAGAAUGAGUCCUGGAAAACCAGCCUAUGUGGAUGCCUGGUGGGGCAGGAGCAGCACAGGUACCUGGACACGCAUUGAGGGGGAUGUCCUGUGUAUGGAAAUGUGCCAAAGGCCCCAGUGGGACUCCAGACUCCAGCUGGCACCAGACCAGGAGAACUAUAAGAAGGAUGACAGAGUGAUCCUGAGUUGCCCUGAGGGUUUCCAGCCACCCUUCACUGAAAUCCAGUGUCAGAUUCAAUUCCAGUAUGAUCAUGAUGAGACACUUGUGUACAAAGAAUUUUGGCUUGGAAGAGACUCCAGUGAUGCCUGGGUCCCCAUUCUCUCCAGUGUGGAGUGCAUUGAAAUGUGCCAAAGGCCCCAGUGGGACUCCAGACUCCAGCUGGCACCAGACCAGAUGAAUUAUAAGAAGAAUGAAGAAGUGAUGCUGAGGUGCCCUGAAGGUUUCCAGCCCUCCUUCACCCAUGUCAAAUGUUCGAGCGAAGUCCAGUCCUUCUCUGGUGGGAAACCUGUAUACAGAGAGGUCUGGACUGGAAGAAACUCCCAUGGUGCCUGGCUCCGCAUUCGGUCCAGCGUGGAGUGCAGUGAAGUGCUCCAGGUUGACCCUGAGACCUUUGAGAUUUCCAGCACCAGCAUCCAACUGAAAUGGACCUGCAGGUUCCCUGAUGCCUGCCAGGGCAUGAGGGCCAUGUGCCGGCUGGCAAUGCCUUCCUCCCCUCCCUGUGAGGCUGAGGAGGUGAAUGGAGAGCAGAUGUUACAUGGCCAGGAGGGAACAUUCACCUGCUCCCCUUUGCAGCCCUUCACUGAGUACAGUGUCACCAUCGACUUGCCCCCCAACACAACCCUGUUCUCAUGGUUGUUCACGACUCAGGAAACAGUGCCGGACAAACCGGAGCAGCUGUGGCUGGAUCCCGACAGGGGCUCUCUCAGGUGGAGCUCACUGCCCUCCUGCAAUGGGGAGAUCAUCGGAUACCAGCUGAGCAUCACGGCCAGGAACGCAGGGGACAGCAGCGUGCUGGAGACCGAGCGGCUGCGGCUCAAUGGCUCCGUCACUGAGCACCGGCUGCCGGAGCACAGCCCCGGCAGCAGCUACGCCGUGACGAUCCAGGGACUGACGGCUGCUGGAGCCGGGGCUGCGCUCACGAGGGAGUUUCACACCAACAGCAGCUCCGACACCCCGCGCUCCUCGGCCAUCAGCUGCCGCAGCGUCCGCGACAUCGCCCCAUCGCAAGGGACGGCCGUGCUUCCCCUGCGCCCCAUCGCCCGUGCCUCUGAGGCCGCCAGGGAGCACCAGCUGAUCGUGGCCGCGACGCACAACGCCUCGCUGAUCGAGAGCAUCUGCUCGGGCCAGCCGCGGCUCUCCAAUGCCAGCGUGUACCUGGCCGCCCUUCUCAACCUCACCGCCCCCACGGACUUCGUGCUGGGCGACGGGAGCCGCGGGCCGGGCCAGCACAACGCUGCCCUCCGCCCGGGCCGGGCCUACACGGCCCUGCUGCGCCUCGUCCGCCUCGGGCCGCAGGCAGAGAAGUUCACCUGUGUCUGCUACAGCUUCUCUGUUGGGCAGACUGUGGGCCAGUGGCAUUGGAUUGUGAUUGGACUGGUUGUGCUGAUGGCAGACCAUCUUCUGGUUGCAGUCAUCCUGUGGCUUGUGCACUCCAGGAAAAGGAAGUACUUGCCCAACAAAACUAAGGAGGAUAAUUAAAAAGGUAAAGGUGGCUAGGCUGGAGAUCAGGCACUUCAGCCCCAGCCAGGACCAUGGAGACAUCCAGAGCAGUGAGGACAUGGAGAAAAUGGGAAGGAUAACCCCAACCCAGUUCUGAUGGCCACCAUGUCCCCUGGCUCACCUGUGGCUGUUACCAGCACAGGGCUCCCAUGAAAUGCACGCAAUUCAGCAGGGCAAGAGGAAAACAGAAGGCCCUGGAGUGCUGAGCUUUUUCAUUCCUCAGCCCCUUCAGCUCCCAGGGUUUGCUUACUGCUUUUGUAAGGCCUUUGAAUCUGGCUUUCUCUAAUGCUUUCAGGCUUUGCUUUCAUUUUUUGCUUUCCUGGAGGCAGGACUUGUAUGCCAGAUUUCCCAGUCCCAGACUCACACAGGCUCAGGUUGAUGGCAUUCUCCUGCUGUCCUCUGGGUUCCCAACCCCUCUGUUUAUAUUAAGCCAAACCCAGGGCUUGGCUUGGCCUGGCUGGACUGCUUUGUGACUCUGCCUGUUCUGUCUGGACAACAAAUAAAGGCUUAUGGAUUGGAGGGGCUGCCUGUCCCACA